AUGGAUUUAUUGGGAUCCAUAUUAAAUGCCAUGGAUAAGCCACCCACGGCCAAUGAAGAACAAAAGAAACUGAUCAAGCGACAAAAGGAAAUGGCCGAGCGCAUAAAGAACAAACAGAAGGAGGAAUUGUUACGAUUUAGAAAAUUUGUCGAGGAGCGAGUGGGCAGAUUUGCCAAAGACGAUCGUCCACACAUUGAAUUUCAACCAUUGGACAAGGUACAUCGUUCCAUAAUACACGAAGUGGCCGAGUAUGGCGGCUUUAUAUGCAUGAGUUUUGGAUGUGAGGAUGUUGAUCGCUAUUCGGUAGUGUACAAAAAAGAGAACGCGCCCACAGAGGAUGAGAUUGCCGCACGCCGUAACGGAGACGGCUGGAAUGAAGAGGUGGCCAAAGAAUAUGCCGAGAGGCGGCAAAAACAAAAAGAACUCGAAGAACAAAAAAGACUGGCGCGUGCUUCCCAACAACAAAAUGCAUCACCAUCCUCAACAUCGGCAGGCGAAACCACAAAAAACAGCCCCAAUGGAAAAUCCAAUGCAGCCUCCGCCAAAGAAACUGAAAUUAAACCAACUUUUAAUUAUAAGGAUAAAUAUGCUCAUCUCAUAGGUCAGGAGGCAGCAUUGGAAGCUGCUCGUAAAACUGAAACAAAUGCUAGCUAUGGUUUUGUGCCGAGUAAAAAUAAGAAAGAUGUUCGAUCGAUAGAACAAACCUUGGCUGAUAUACAGGCAAAGAAGCGACUUAAGCUGCAACAACAACAGCAGCAAGAACAACAGCAAAAGGAACCAGCACCACCACAGCCGCCGGGCAGUGGAGAGCAUGUUGCAGCAAACCAGUCUCCAGCCACACCGUUAGCUGGUCCACCAGCUACAUCAACAUCUUCAUCACCAUCAUCGGUACCAAAUCCCCAUUGA